CGGCAGAUUCCAGGCGUGAUGGCUAGAUAGUUAUUCUUAGAGCCGGUAUUCUUAAAGCACCUCGAGCCCUCAUAAUCUACCUAUUUAUUCUCUCUAUCUUCUUAUAUCCCAGAGCGAGUAACAUAGUUUCAUCCCAAGCCACCAAAGUUACUCUCACCUAUAUUGACUAUCCUAUUCAAGACUUUACUAUGAAGUUUACUGCAUCCCUCUUCGCGAUCUUAGCCGCCACAUCGGUCCUCGCCAAUGGGGUCUCGCCGGCGUCAGAGGGCGAUCUCGACGUCUUAACAAGCAGAGCCACCGAUUGGGGCAAGUGCAACGGAACCUCCUGCAAGGUUAAUGGCAAGAACUAUGGAUGCACCAAGGGAAAGUGUACUGUUCAGAGUGGCGGUGGCGAUGGAAAAGCGUGCUCCAAGUUGGGCGGUUCUAUCUGCUGUCCUGGCGGAAGGAUGAAGGGCAAGAAGUGCCCUUAAAGCCAUGGCAGAGUAGCUAUGGUAACGAGGCUGCUUCCUAGCCAAGCUUGAAGAAUAAGGGGAGGAAGGUUAGGGAGAUUUGGGUUUGUUUAGAG